AUGGGCGUCGGAGAAACCAUCACCGUCAUCAACAAGUCGGGCAAGGUCGUGAGCAGCAGCAAGCACAUUGUCAGCGUCUUCAAGGAGGCCAAAGCCGCCUACCGCGAGCGCAAGGCCGAGAUCAAGGCCGAGCGCGAUGCUGCUGUGCGCGAGAAGCUGGCCUUGACCAAGGGCGUCGAGGCCCUGCGCAUCGAAGACGACGUUCAGUCACGCGCAUCCUCGCGCAGGUCCUCGCACUCCAAGGCCACUCACCGCUCCAAGUCACAUCACCACACCUCUCCCCGCCCGGAUGGCCGCCCGACAUUAGAGCGUGGCUACACCGACAGCUUCUACGCAAACGACAGCCCGCGCAGCCGCCACCGCUUCGAGGAUGACCUUGCUGGAGGUGCCCGCGAAGGCCACAUGAAGGAGCUUGCUCGGCGGAACUCGGACCAGAUCCCCUCCUCGCGGCGGCAGACCCAGCGCUCCCAUUCGGAACCCUACAUCGACAUGGAUCUAGCUUACGGCGACAUCCCCCCACCACUGCCCGACAAGAAGUACGACGACGGCGACCUGAAAGAGAAGGCGUCCAAGAUCACAAUGCUCCUCGACGAGGCCAACUGCUUGCAGUACUCGGCAACCGCCAUGAUCGAGAACCUGCAGAAGAACCCGGAUGCCCUCGCCGCCGUGUCGCUCACCCUCGCCGAGAUCAGCGCCAUUGUCAGCAAGAUGGGCCCUGGCGUGCUCAUGACCCUCAAGGGCAGCUUCCCUGCUGUUGCCGCCCUGCUCCUGAGCCCGCAGUUUAUGAUCGCCGGUGGUGUCGCCGUGGGCGUCACCAUUGUCGCGCUCGGUGGCUACAAGAUCAUCAAGAGGAUCCAGCAACAGAAGGACGAAGAGAUGGCCAUUGUGGGCGGCCCAGUCCAGAUGCCCAUCCCCAUGCAGGCGCGCGCCGUGGAGGAGCCCUACCAGCUCGAUGAGCUCGAGACCAAGGAGCUGAGCCGCAUCGAUCUCUGGCGUCGCGGCAUUGCAGACGUCGAAGCCGCGAGUUCCGGCUGCAGCGUCGACGGCGAGUUCAUCACACCAGGCGCCACACGCCAGCUUGUCGACGCCGGUGUACUCGACGAAGACGACAUCAAGUCGCGCCGCAGCGCCAAGAUCAGAGACGACAAGAGCGAGCGAUCCAAAUCGCACCGCGCACGCUCAGACGUACGCUCCGAGCGCAGCGCGCACACCAGCAAGACGUCCGACACGCGUCGCAGCAAGACAGUCAAAGAGGGCAGCAGCCGACGCAAGGAGAAGGAGCCGUCGUUGAUGAAGACGCUCUUCCGCUCCAAGACGGCCGCCUACUGA